AUGGAUUCAGAAAUAUAUAUAGCAAAAACUUCUGUCUUAACACCUCAUAAAAUAUCUUUGCUUGUGCUACUUUCUAUAUACUUUGAGACUGCUAUUGAAGAUGAUUUAUUAGAAACACUCUUGUUCUUCUUGAUAGAAAAAAUAUCAAACGAACAUCGUUUUCCUGAACCAACAUUACAAGAAUUUUGUGAUGAAAUUCACCAAAGGACAUGCCCGUUGUCAAAAGUUUGCACCGAAAUUCAACGGGAAUGUGAAUCGUCAUUAGAACGAGCUUUGCUUACGCACCUAAAGUCAAUGGAUUCCCCUCACGAUUUAAUUGAACUGAUAAAAGAUUCUAAAAAACUGACAACAAAUGAAGAAAGUGAUUCUACUCCAAUUCCUCUUGGAAAAUAUAGUAUAUUGGGAAUUUUCGUUCGGCGUUGUUAUAUUGAAAGCGAAAGGUUGUUGUUUGAUGAUAUUAGCAGGUUAUACAAUGCAUUUGUUAAAUAUAAGACGGACAAAACUGUGCUGUUCUCAAAAAAAGGAAAAGAAAACAUGGAUCUUUGCUAUAAGUCGGGAGAGUUUUCUUCUGUUCUUUCAGAGGUCACGCAUCGCUAUCAUAUGUGCAAACAAGAUCUUAUAGCCAAGUGUGAUGCAGAAUCCUUUUCACAUUACAUAAUUACUCAGCUUCGCAAAUAUGGUGGUAUCUUACCUCCUGAACUUGAAAGCAAACUUCGGGUGAUACAUAAAAGAAUGCCUGAAAUAUCUACCAUAUAUUAUAUUGAUUAUGUUAAUUGGCGCGCUGACGAAUUUUUACAAAUAUUCAAAUUUUUGCCCAGAAGACGUAGAAAACCGGUGGACGCGACUGAUCAACAGAUGCUCGAUUCACUCAUUAGCAAAGCCAAGCAAUCCAACUUCAUUUAUCUGCAAUCUCUUGGGGAACUUGGGAACUCUCAACGCCAGAUUCAACAGGUUAUUGAUCAUUCUGAUACUAGUCCAGAAGAUCUUGUAACUGCCUAUUGCCAGAUGGCGGAUCUCCAUGUUUCAUAUGGUAAUUAUGAACAAGCUCUUAAAUUGCUUGAAGAAUCUAAAGAAAAAUUCCUUGGAAUACGUAGAGCAGCUUUACAAUGGGUUGUUUGCUUAGAAAAAGUCUUAUAUCAGAAGUGCUUUGCAAGAGAUGAACGUGCAAGUAUUGAAGCACUGGAGGUGCAACUUCGUGGAAGUUGUCAGGAUGACGAGGUUUUACAAGAUGACUUUAAUUAUAAUCGAGCUUUAUAUCUGGCAAGGAUUGAUCGACCAGAUGAAGCUAUGGAUCUUUUACAUGAACUUAUACAAAAGAGCUCCAGACUAGGUUCUCAAAAUCAGAUGCUGGUUGCCAAUUAUUAUCUUAAACUUGCUGAAAUCCGUAUAGAAACUGAAGAUCCAACUUCAGCAUUACCUUAUGUUUUAAGUGCCUUAUGUAUAAGUGAACGAUUUCAUCAUCAAACUCAACGCGAACAAUCCAUACCAUGGGAUGAUGUUUUAAUUCCUCUUCGCCGUGCACAAGCAG